CAACAAUUGAGUCUCCAUCGCAUCCCGGGGAUGAAGUGUUCGCUGAAGUGUUCGGCCCUACUACUUAAAGCUCACCGAGAUCAAUAAAUAGCAAUUGGCUUUCCGGCGAAUUCCAGAAGCCCAGACUCAACAGAGACACGCAAAUGCCAGGGACAAGGCCUUUGGAGUUGCAAUGCCAACGGUAGGUGAGCCAAUGAGCGAGCUGUCAAUUGGGCGUCGUGUCGAACGCGGCAUCAUUUCCACUGCCACAGAAUCAGGGUGUGCGCAAUUGCAUGCGAUUGGCCUGAGCCACCCAGUCGAGGCUGCCUCGAGCCAACGCGGAAUUUGGUCCUCCCGUCACCACCACCCUCAGACCCUUAUUAGGGUUUAUUGUCCUGGCAGUCAGUGAAUGGCCCUAAUGGCCUGCCGCAAGCUGCCGCAACCACUCAACCGUCGUGCAUCAUCAGCCACGAUCUGCAGGGGCCUAUUUCCAUGAUCCUCGUUGCAGCAGAAUGCUGGAAUUACGCCCGCGCUGGGUCAUUCCUCGACCCCAGAUAGUAGGGUGCCAAUGCUAAGCAACGCGGGGGACAUGAUGCUGAGUCUCAGAUCAGUGAUGUGGCUUCGAAACCAACCUGGGGCAUAGUGUCCUAUCAAGCCCGGCCGAGGUAGGGUGUACAGAAAAGGAGAACAAAAAGAUAACUAUAUACCCUUAUCUUCCCCAGAUAUGCCCAUUGUAUGUUACACCUCGUGCUCGAGGCAGGCUAUUUAUCUUUUCUAUUUCCCGCCACGAUGGAAGAAGCCAUGAAGCCUUCAGUUUCUCAUGAAGAACGCAUGAUGGGCCGUCCCUCAGGUCAUGAAGAACGCGGUGUGGGCCAUCACCAUCACCCUCACCUACCUCAUGAAGAUGGCGUGAUAGGCCAUCACCUUGACAGACAGCACAUGAACGAUGAGGAGCUGCUGGCAGCACUUGGUCACAAACAAGAACUACGGCGAGAGUUCUCGAUAUGGUCUCUCGGCGCUCUCUGCCUGUGCCUCAUGGCAACUUGGGAAGCCUUGUCAUCCGCCGUCGCAGCUGCCUUGGUCAGCGGAGGCGCACCGUGUCUGUUCUACAACUACAUAAUUUCCUUCAUGGGGACACUUGCCACCGCAUGCUCCCUGGCCGAGAUUGCGAGCAUAUGGCCAACUGCAGGAGGCCAAUACCAUUGGGUUGCCGUUCUUGCUCCUGAAAACCGAAGAGUCCUGGCGUCGUGGUUCACUGGAUGGAUUUCCGUUGGUGGACAGAUUGUCCUCACCGCAUCUGCGGCAUUCGCCGGAGGCCUACAAUACCAAGCCCUCAUCACCCUUAACCACGGGGACACAUACGUCCCUCAACGGUGGCAAGGGAUGCUAUUCUACUGGCUGUUGCUGCUCUACUCUGCAGCGGUGAACAUUUGGGGGUCGAGAAUAUUACCACAUACAAAUCUGGUUUCGGGUGUCCUACAUAUUGUCGGAUUCGUCGUGAUUGUCAUUGUUCUCGGAGUCAUGGCACCCAAGCACUCUGCCCAUUACGUGUUCGUCGAAGUGGAAAAUUCAAGCGGCUGGAGCAACGAUGGUGUUGCGUGGCUUGUUGGCUUGCUCAGUUCGGUCUAUCCUUUCCUCGGAUACGAUGCGGCAGCUCAUCUCUCUGAAGAGCUGCCUCGGCCAAGCCGCAAUGUCCCCAUUGCGAUGGUCGGCUCUGUCGUCGCCAACGCCAUCAUCGGCUUUGUUUAUUGCCUGGUCCUGCUGUUUUCGUUGGGAGAUCUGACCACCCUCUUGGAAACAGCUACAGGCUUUCCUUUCAUGCAGCUAUACCUCAAUGUGACCAAGUCCUCGGCCGGGGCCACUGUGCUGUCACUUAUUAUCUGUCUCAUCGCGACGGCUGCUAACGCCGCUGGCCUGACCUCGACCAGUCGCACAUUCUGGGCGUUUGCACGCGACGACGCCAUCCCAUUUUCAGGGUAUUUCGGGCAUGUGCAUCCAAGGCUCAAGGUCCCGGUGCGGAUGAUUGUCUUGGUCUCCCUACUGCAAGCGGCGCUAGGCUUCAUCUACCUUGGUAGCACCACCGCCUUCAACGCUAUCCUGUCCAUGGCCAUUAUCGGCAUGUAUCUAUCUUACAUUCUGCCGAUAAUCUACAUGUUGGUCUGCGGUCGCAAGAAGCUGAUGUCUGACGACUACGGCCCAUUCCGACUCGGCAAGCUCGGCGGGACCAUCGCCAAUGUGUUUGCGAUCAUGUGGCUUUUGCUCGCGAUGGUCUUCAGCACCUUCCCCAGCUACGAGCCGGUCACCCCUCAGAACAUGAAUUACUCGAUUGUGGUGCUCGUCGGCUGGGUUGCAGCUGGAGCGGUGUACUACUUCUUCAGGGGGAGGAAAGUGUACACAGGUCCUGUUGUUGAAGUUGAAGCGGUCAGUCUGGACGUGGUUCCGUCAAAAUAAGGGUAUAAGGCGCCAGUGUCUCCUGGAAAUGUUUUCCACGCCGGAUGCAGGACGCUUGUUGCCUUCCGGCUAGGCGACAAGGCCAUGCUGCAACUAAAACCAUGCUUCUAGUAAGAAGAUAUUCUGAGAGACACAUCGCAGGUCGGAGCUCUAGCCGAAUCAUACCUAUGCUAUUUAAUGACAUCGGAUGUCCAUGAUCAUAUGAACUUGCGCAUAUGUAGCUGGGCCUAGGUCAAUCGCAGGCGGAUCCUAUGCAGCCGGAGCCAACUUUUGUGCCAACUUGGCGACGUAUCCCUGUAGCUUCAUGGCUCAACAACUUGAAUGCCACGAGUCAUACCUGUGAAGGAUUCAUGUAACCCGUAACCCGGCAGAUAGACGCGCAAGCAAGGAAUCGAUAUCCACCUUCCUCUGAACGCUCGGGAGCCAACUGCAAGCUUUCUGCACAGCUGUACUAUCUGGCUGAUGCAUGAUUAU